AUGUUUAGUUUAAUAAUUGUAUUUUUUAGAUUUAUAAGUACUGAAAAUACAGUACACAAAGAAAGAAAUAGUAAAGAUAUUAAAGUUAAUAUGCAAAUAUUAUUGAAUGGGUUACAUCAUGCCAUUUUUGGAAAACAUGAAAUAAAUCCAAACACACAAAAGAUAAUAAGUGAAUUGAAUGACAAAAAUAUUGGUUUAGAUAAAGCUUUUAAUAUAAUAGCUCAUUUAAAAUCAAAUAAUGAAGCAAUGGAGGCGUUAGAAGAAUUACUAGAAAGAUAUAACGAUAUAUGUAAAAUGAGUAGUAAUGUUAAUACAGAACAAUUGUGUGUUGUUGAAGCACAUCUUGAAGAAUUAUAUGAAAAGCUUAUCAAUGAAACACCAAUUGGAGAUUCUAAAAAUGUCACUAAAAUUCUUAGAAAAGUAAUAGAAGAAUAUGAAAAAAAUAAGGCUCGAAUUGAUCUUUGUGCUGCUGAAAUAGAAGAAACAGUUGUUGAUAAAUAA